AAUUUUUGUUUUUUGUUUUUUUUUUAAACCCCUCACAAUAAACAAAGCAUAUUCACCUGUGCUCCUCUCUCUCUCUCUCUCUCUCUCUCUCUCGGUCUCGCUUUCGCUCCCUCUCACGGCGACGUCGCAUAGCUCUCCUCCACCGAGCUGUAAGAAGUUUGUGAAACCGAAUGGCUACAAUCGAUGAGCCACUUUAUCCAAUUGCUAUUUUGAUAGACGAGUUGAAAAAUGAAGACAUUCAACUACGCCUGAAUUCUAUUCGGAGACUAUCCACAAUAGCAAGGGCACUUGGUGAGGAAAGAACCAGGAAGGAACUAAUUCCAUUCCUUAGUGAGAACAAUGACGACGACGAUGAAGUACUUCUUGCAAUGGCAGAAGAAUUGGGCGUCUUUAUUCCCUAUGUUGGAGGUGUGGAGCAUGCUCAUGUUCUUCUCCCGCCACUGGAGACAUUGUGCUCUGUCGAGGAAACUUGUGUUAGGGACAAGGCAGUUGAAUCUUUAUGUAGAAUUGGAGCACAGAUGAGGGAAAGUGAUCUAGUUGACUACUUUGUCCCAUUAGUAAAGAGAUUAGCAGCUGGUGAGUGGUUCACAGCUCGAGUUUCCUCAUGUGGUCUUUUUCAUAUUGCCUAUCCAAGUGCAUCCGAUCAAUUGAAGGCAGAAUUAAGGACCAUCUAUGGCCAGCUCUGUCAAGAUGACAUGCCUAUGGUUAGAAGAGCCGCCGCAUCGAACCUAGGAAAAUUUGCCGCUACAGUGGAAUCCGCUCAUUUAAAGUCGGACAUCAUGUCGAUUUUCGAGGAUCUCACACAAGAUGAUCAAGAUUCAGUUCGUCUGUUGGCUGUUGAGGGUUGUGCCGCACUUGGAAAGCUGUUGGAACCCCAGGAUUGUGUUGCUCAUAUCCUUCCUGUAAUUGUCAACUUCUCACAGGAUAAAUCCUGGCGUGUGCGAUAUAUGGUUGCAAAUCAAUUAUAUGAGCUUUGUGAAGCUGUUGGUCCAGAGCCUACCAGGACGGAUUUGGUGCCUGCGUAUGUUCGCCUUCUUCGUGACAAUGAGGCUGAGGUUCGCAUAGCAGCUGCAGGAAAGGUCACAAAGUUUUGCCGUAUAUUGAGCCCACAACUUGCAAUCCAACACAUUCUUCCUUGUGUAAAGGAAUUAUCGACAGAUUCUUCGCAACACGUUCGUUCAGCAUUGGCUUCAGUUAUCAUGGGCAUGGCUCCAGUCUUGGGGAAGGAUGCUACAAUUGAGCAACUUCUUCCAAUUUUUCUCUCCUUGCUAAAGGAUGAGUUUCCAGAUGUUAGACUCAAUAUAAUCAGUAAACUCGAUCAGGUUAACCAGGUAAUCGGAAUUGACUUGUUGUCGCAAUCAUUGCUUCCUGCAAUUGUGGAGCUGGCAGAGGACAGACACUGGAGGGUUCGUCUGGCCAUAAUUGAGUACAUUCCUCUUUUGGCUAGUCAGUUAGGCGUUGGAUUUUUUGAUGAUAAACUGGGUGCUCUUUGCAUGCAAUGGUUGGAAGAUAAGGUUUUCUCAAUUAGAGAUGCAGCUGCUAAUAACUUGAAGCGACUUGCUGAAGAAUUUGGACCAGAAUGGGCAAUGCAGCAUAUAGUUCCGCAGGUGCUGGAGAAGAUCAACAAUUCACAUUAUUUGUACCGUAUGACCAUUCUACAUGCAAUUUCCUUACUAGCCCCCGUCAUGGGUGCGGAUAUCACGUGCCAAAAGUUACUUCCUGUUGUCAUCGCUUCCUCCAAGGACAGGGUACCCAACAUCAAAUUCAAUGUGGCAAAGGUUCUGCAGUCUCUCAUACCCAUACUUGAUCAUACUGUGGUGGACAACACGAUUAAGCCGUGUCUCCUCGAGCUCAACGAGGACCCGGAUGUGGAUGUUAGAUUCUUCGCUGGCCAAGCACUUCAAGCGUGCGAUCAAGUCAUGAUGUCGACCUAGAUCGCUUGGUCGGGGCGUUUCGGUUCGUCUUAUUUUCUCUCGCGUCUUCUAUGUAAGCCAUGUUGUAUGUUUUCACUGAUGAAGUUUGAGCUUCAAGCUUCUUAAAUUUGAAUGGUUUAAUUUUAAGAGAUGCUAAUAUAUAGGUUUUUUUUUUUUUCCUUUUUGACUACCUUCUUUAUAUCUACUAUAAAUGAAGGUGCAACCAUUUUAUGUAGGCUUUUUUUUGUCAUUUAAUUUAUUCUGGUGCUUGCAGGGUUCUAUUU